AUGUCGACAACGCCAAGAGCUGCACCAUCCGUAUCGGCGGAUAGGAAUUAUAGACGACGCUGCGAACAAGAAUAUAAAGCUUCGGACGAGUGGAAUUCUAAAUGGAGCUGGAUGUUGGAUAUUAAUAAGUAUAAAUUAUCAGUAAUGCACAAUAUACCAUAUCAUGCGUGGUGAUUCUCAUAUCGUCGAACACUAAUUAUUUCAGAAAGUAUUGAUAUUUUUUUUAAAACAAAUUGUUUUGAAAACGUUCUGAAAUUUACAUUAUCAUUAUUUUUUAUCUCCCUAGUUUUAAUGGAUGAAGCGGCUACCGACUUUUGAUUGCCGAAUAAUAGCCUGCAUUUAAGGUUCAUAAAUAAAUAUUAAGUGUUGUUUUAAAUGCAUUUUGGUGUUGACAUGAUUGUUUCCCAUCAACCCGUUAACAUUUAAAAUCGACCAAGGGUAAAGAGUAGCGUAGUAUCAUUUGUGUAGCAAAACGGCACGCGGCGUUUGAAUAGUACUCCGCUAUUUUAUUUUCUGUUCCUAUACUUAAAAGUGGAUUAUUUCGUGAACGAAUUGACGAAAAUCAAAAAGUUCAGCACUAAAAUAUAUUUAAACUGUUACGAUCUAUCUGUUUAUAGAUUUUUAAUGUAGUUAACUACUAAAAAAUCUAGUCGUUUAGCAGUCAAAUAUAUGAAUGAAAAAAAUUAAUGAUAUUGUAGAUUUUAGAUCUGAUUUUUUUUUUUAACUGUCUAGAAAAAAUAUUUUUAAAAAAAUUCAAUACUCAAUAAUGUGUGUUUAACAAUAAAAGAAUCACUCUGAAUACGAACAACGUACUUUAUUUUUGAACUGUGUGCAGCGAGAGAAAUAGGAAAAUAAAUGAAGUGAAGAAACUAUACCAUGAUUCCAUGGUUAAAAAAGACGACGCAGACAAUUUAAGUUUAGAUUUUAGCAGAAUGCCAAGUUAUCCUGAUACUACAUAUAAAGAGGUUUAUAAAUUAAAUAAACGUAUUAAUUUAUUAUAUAGACACUUGUUUUUUUUUUUUUUUCAUUUAGGUUGGUUGGUUAUCGAGCUUACCUGAAUUUCAGUUGGAGAUUUUCGGACCAGAUGUUAAACGUUGGUGCUGA